CUCAGGGGGAGGAUGUCCAACCUGCCGGAUAUUCCCGCUCCAUAUAAAUUUCACUGGAAUCAACGAAGGAGCGAGGAGGCAUUUACCGGCUUGGAGUUCAGGAGUUUGCGUGAGUUUCUCCUGAAGCGAAGAUUUCAGUGUUGAGGACACAAAGAACAAACAUGUUCUCCUUCCUGCGCUCAGACAGAAACCCCCCUCCUGAGGAUAUCCACAUUUCUUCCCUACCUCCCAGCAUUCCCACAGAUCCAGAGCCAGAUCAGCAAACUGGAGGACAAGCUGAGGACAUGGUUGAAGAGAAAGUGGUGAUCCAGACCACACACACUCACAGAGCACACGCCACACCCUCAGUCUUCCUCCAGAAUCACAAUAAUGAGCCUGUUUCCAGCACUUACUUUGAUGAGCGGGUCCCCAUCCCCGAGGAGGACAGUGAGAGGUGGAUAAAUCUCCGUAAGCUCUGGGCCUUCACUGGGCCGGGGUUUCUGAUGAGCAUAGCCUACCUGGAUCCAGGUAACAUCGAGUCUGACCUGCAGUCGGGUGCCAAAGCUGGCUUCAAGCUCCUCUGGGUGCUGCUGGGUGCCACCAUCAUCGGCCUGCUGCUGCAGCGGCUGGCGGCUCGGCUGGGCGUGGUCACCGGGAUGCACCUGGCUGAAGUCUGCAACCGCCAGUACCACACUGUGCCGCGCAUCAUCCUGUGGUUGAUGGUGGAGCUGGCGAUCAUCGGCUCAGACAUGCAGGAGGUCAUCGGCUGCGCCAUCGCUUUCAACCUCCUCUCCUCUGGCAGGAUCCCCUUAUGGGGGGGUGUCCUUAUCACCAUCACUGACACGUUUGUCUUCCUCUUCUUGGACAAGUAUGGCCUGAGAAAGCUGGAGGCCUUUUUUGGUUUCCUCAUUUCCAUCAUGGCCAUCACAUUUGGAUAUGAGUAUGUGACAGUGGGUCCGGACCAAGGCCAGCUGCUGAAGGGAAUGUUUGUGCCGUACUGCGAGGGCUGCGGACCCGUCCAGCUGGGUCAGGCCGUCGGCAUCGUGGGUGCCGUCAUAAUGCCUCACAACAUUUACCUCCAUUCCGCUCUGGUCAAGUCUCGAGAAGUGGAUCGGUCAAACAAAAAAGAAGUAAAAGAGGCCAACAAAUACUUCUUCAUUGAGUCAACCAUCGCACUGUUUGUCUCCUUCCUCAUCAAUGUGUUUGUAGUGGCUGUCUUUGCUGAGGCUUUCUAUCAGCGCACAAAUGAAGAGGUGUUCAACAUCUGCAAUCAGACAGGCAGUCCUCAUUCAGACCUGUUCCCUUCGAACAAUGAAACCCUCAAGGUCGACAUCUACAAAGGGGGAGUGGUGCUGGGCUGUUCCUUUGGCCCAGCUGCUCUCUACAUAUGGGCCGUGGGGAUCCUUGCAGCUGGUCAGAGCUCCACCAUGACUGGAACGUACUCCGGCCAGUUUGUCAUGGAGGGUUUCUUAAACUUGCGCUGGUCACGUUUCGCUCGGGUGUUGCUGACCCGCUUGCUUGCCAUCACUCCCACCCUGCUCGUGGCCAUCUUCCAGGACGUGCAGCACCUGACGGGCAUGAACGACUUCCUGAAUGUGCUCCAGAGCAUGCAGCUGCCAUUCGCCCUCAUUCCCAUCCUCACAUUUACCAGUUUGCCAUCUCUCAUGAACGAGUUUGCCAAUGGACUGGCAUUUAAGAUAGGAGGAGGACUGGUGAUCUUGAUUGUGUGCGCCAUCAACACAUACUUUGUCGUUGUCUACGUGAGCACGCUGGGCAGCGUGUGGCUGUACGUGCUGGCGGCAUUCCUCUCCAUAGCAUACCUGGCAUUUGUGGGAUACUUGGUGUGGUUGUGUCUUAUUGCUCUGGGCGUGUCCUGGCUCGAUCCGAGCGCCAGGAGAGGGAACGACACGACCAUCCUGAUCGAGCGGCAGCCAGAGUUUGACUCGUGAUGUUUGCGUCAAAGGCUGAAUCUCAGCAGCUUACAGUAUCUUCUGACACGCAACAGAGAUAAGGAGAAACUUCCCCAAAUGCAGGAAGUCACUGGCAAAAAAAAAAAAAAGUGGUCAGGAAGAGCAACUGAGGAAGGAUCCAGGAUGUUGUGCACAGAAAAGAGUGCAGAUUUACAACGAGAACAACUGAGAUGACAAAAUUAGACUUUAAGCAUCUGAAGAAAAUGAUUUUAGUGGAGAGGGGGAACAAAGAAAUAUAAGACAUUAAUAAAGACAAAGAAACAAUAAAAUAAAGCAGCAAAAUCGGCUGAAAUUGCAUUAACCUAAUUAAACAGGAGAAUAAUGUGCAAAUUAUAAAUAAAUGGACCCAAAUUUUGUUUCAUAAAAGGCAUUGGAAGUGUGCAAAAAGACAAAAGUUCAUUUACAGAAAUCUGAGGGGUACAGUAAACAAAUGGUUCGAAAGUGACUGGAGGAUCAGAGGUGAAAUAUCCCAACAACGUGUGUUUUACAAGCCAGCAGUAGUAUUUUGAAAGAGGCCUCAGAGGGUUUUAAAGGGUCUUUUUUUUUUUUUUUUUUAGGUAACUUGAUUCAAAUUGCAGUUUCUCUUUCAGCCACAGGGAGGUGUGGCAGGCUGCAGGAGAGACUUCUCAUUUACAGUAAACAUUUCACCACCACAGCUUACAGCAUAACGCAUUAAAGGACGUGCAGCCUUAACAUCAUGCAUGUGCGCUGCCACCAGAGCGGCAUUAUUGUGUGAAACAAACCAAAGGUUGAGUGCUGAGACUCGCUGCUGCCUGGCAUGCCUGCGGUGGUAUGUCAGAAGAGUUGCAACUAUUGUGCAACUGCAACGCUGCCUGUUUCAGUGUUUGAAUUCCAGUGCUGAAGUGCUUGGGGUUUGCAAGCUGAGGAGAGGCGGAUGGACAGGUUUUUCUUUGCAUUGUGGUGGAGAACUUUUUUUUUUUUUUUCCCUCUCUCUCUCUCGCUCUCCCUGUCAUGGAGGCAGACUUAUGUAAGAGGGGAGAGUCUUCCCACCGCCCCUCUCUGUUUUUGUUUUUCUCAAUGAGCCAAUGUCUCCCUGCCUAGGCCUCACAGCCUGUCCAGUAGGCCCCUUUCCUGGAAACAUAGCCUAGCAGAGGCCACUCAGGGGCAGGCCUGUGAGGUGGGAGGGGAAGCGGGGGGGGGCUCUUCCAGCAAAUCACAUGAUUGUAGACCCUACAGUCCCAGCUCUCUACAUGAGGCUCAGAUGCUGCAAGCACAUUUCAGCAGCCAGUGUGUCAGCAGCAUGAUUGGAUGUGGCUCUAAUGCAUGGCAGAGUGCAUGAGGCUGCAAGCAGAAGCUGUGGAUCCUCAGGUGUGACAUUUAGAAGUAGAACCACAACACUUGAUGGACAGAGUGUGCGUGCGUGCGUGUGUGUGCGUUCUUAAAGACAGUUAUGUGAUUACUGUUUUUUUAUGUUGUUGGCCUUAAUGUCAAAAUAUAACUGUGUAUUUUUUAUUUUAAUACUUGAUUAUGGCAUUGUCAUGAUAACCAUGAGAUUUGAAAUGUAAUACUGAUAUAUUGUUGAUCAUGCACAUGUGAUAAUAUCAUGAAUAGUUGUGUAAUUGUUCUUUUUGUGUCCUUUUUGCACAUUCAUGGUUACAGACUCAUGAAAUCUGUGCACUUAUUUUGAGUUGACUUCAGUUGCUAAAACAACAAACCAUAAACAAAGUUAUUAGCAUCAUAACUGUUUUUAUAGUUAUUUUUUUUCUACAGAUAUUUCACAAACUUUGAUUCAGUUUUGACCAUAACAAUCUGAUGUUGUGACAGCCCUAUUUGAUGGAAUAUUCAGUGAUAUGUUUCAUCUUAUUUUAAACUGAAGUAUUAAGCUUCUUUACUGUGUUUCUGUUCUCUAUAUUUACAGCCAUGUACCUGUCAGAGCAGCGGCUCUCAGGGUGGGGUCCGGGUUCAUAGCCAAGGAUCAGUCUUUGCCUUCACAGUAGAUCCAUCUGUGGUUUUAACAAAAAUUAUUAAGUUCUAAGUAAAGAAAAGGUCAAACGUGACAGUUUCAUCAGUUUAUCUUGACCAUUUUAGCCUUUUGGCCAACAUCGGAACAUAGAUGAUGUUACUAAAAUAAUAAUUUGCUAUGAAUUAGAUAAUUGUGUCCCUAUAUAUAACAAAGUCCACAAAGAUGUGGGCGAUUUCUGACAUCCGAACAAAUAUAUUGUGCCCUUUACUCCCAGCCAUGUUAAAUCUGAGCCAGCAGAAGCUCUGAUAUGUUGUGACACAUUACACCACGUGUCUGACGUAUGUAGCCUAAAAAUAGUUCCCGUGUAAUAAUUUAAAUACUAGGAGGAUUAUAAUGAUGUCCUUGGAAACUUUUCUGUCCUGUAAGUGGCCUCGGGCCCCCCAAAAUUUGAGAAGCGCUGCGGAGAUUAAAAAGUUGCUGACAGAUUUUUUUUUUUUUUGCAAAAUCUUGUGAAUACCUUCAUUAGAGCAGAAAGCACCAUA